CUGUGGGCAGGGAGCCCGGCUCCGCCGCCAGCACUAAAGAUGGAGAGGCGCCGGGGCCUCGCAGGGGAGGGGGCUCGGCGUUGACGUGGGACGCGGCGGAGGCGCCGAAGCCGGUGGUGAUUUGCUAACCUCACAGCAGAGAGGAGUUGAGGGCGAUGAGAGCGGGUACUGCGAACUGCCGGGCGACGCCGCCGCUGCCGCCGUGAGACGGAGAGCAACAGUUCUCCCGCAGCCCCGCUCCCCGACACUGGCACACCCCCGGAGGCACGCACGCCCACCCCACAGCGCCCGGCGCGGCCGCGCCCUCACCUUCGGCCCACGAAACCCAGCCCGCCCCACCACGCAGAGCCCGGAAGGAAAGAGAGCCUCAUGCCUGAGCCGCGGGGAGCACCAUGGAUCUGACAAAGAUGGGCAUGAUCCAGCUGCAGAACCCCAGCCACCCCUCGGGGCUCCUGUGCAAGGCCAACCAGAUGCGGCUGGCCGGGACGCUGUGCGACGUGGUCAUCAUGGUGGACAGCCAGGAGUUCCAUGCCCACCGGACCGUGCUGGCCUGCACCAGCAAGAUGUUUGAGAUCCUCUUCCACCGCAACAGCCAGCACUACACUCUGGACUUCCUCUCGCCAAAGACUUUCCAGCAGAUCCUGGAGUAUGCCUACACGGCCACGCUGCAGGCCAAGGCGGAGGACCUGGAUGACCUGCUGUACGCCGCCGAGAUCUUGGAGAUCGAGUACCUGGAGGAGCAGUGCCUGAAGAUCCUGGAGACCAUCCAGGCCACAGACGACAAUGACACGGAGGCCACCAUGGCAGACGGCGGGGCGGAGGAAGAAGAGGACCGCAAGCCACGGUACCUCAAGAACAUCUUCAUCUCGAAGCAUUCCAGCGAGGAGAGUGGGUAUGCCGGCGUGGCUGCGCAGAGCCUCCCUGGGCCCAUGGCGGACCAGAGCCCGUCCAUGUCCACCUCAUUUGGUCUUUCAGCCAUGAGUCCCACCAAGGCCGCAGUGGACAGUUUGAUGACCAUAGGACAGUCUCUCCUGCAGGGAACUCUUCAGCCCCCUGCAGGGCCUGACGAACCUACUCUGGCUGGGGCUGGGCGGCUCCCUGGGGUAGCUGAGGUGAAGACAGAGAUGAUGCAGGUGGACGAGGUGCCCAGCCAGGACAGCCCUGGGGCAGCCGAGUCCAGCAUUUCAGGCGGAUUGGGGGACAAGGUUGAGGAAAGGGGCAAAGAGGGGCCCGGGACCCCAACUCGGAGCAGCGUCAUUACCAGUGCGAGGGAGCUGCACUAUGGGCGCGAAGAGAGUGCCGAGCAGCUGCCAACCCCCGCGGAGGCCGGCCAGGGUCCCCCAGGCCGACAGGAGCACCUGGCGCCCACCGCAGAGAAACAUCUGGGCGUCUACUCCGUGUUGCCCAACCACAAGGCUGACUCUGUGCUGAACAUGCCGUCGUCGGUGUCCUCCGGGCUCCACGUGCAGGUGCAGCCUGCUCUGGCUGUGUCCAUGGACUUCAGCACCUAUGGGAGCCUGCUGCCGCAGGGCUUCAUCCAGAGGGAGCUGUUCAGCAAGCUGGGUGAGCUGGCUGUGGGCAUGAAGUCGGAGAGCCGGACCCUCGGGGAGCCGUGCAGCGUGUGUGGGGUGGAUCUUCCUGACAACGAGGCUGUGGAGCAGCACAGGAAGCUGCACAGCGGGAUGAAGACGUACGGGUGUGAGCUCUGCGGAAAGCGGUUCCUCGAUAGUUUGCGACUGAGAAUGCACUUACUGGCUCACUCAGCGGGCGCCAAAGCCUUCGUCUGCGAUCAGUGCGGUGCCCAGUUCUCGAAGGAGGAUGCCCUGGAGACACACAGGCAGACACAUACAGGCACAGACAUGGCUGUCUUCUGUCUGCUGUGCGGGAAGCGUUUCCAGGCGCAGAGCGCCCUCCAGCAGCACAUGGAGGUCCACGCGGGCGUGCGCAGCUACAUCUGCAGCGAGUGCAACCGCACCUUCCCCAGCCACACCGCCCUCAAGCGCCACCUGCGCUCGCACACAGGCGACCACCCGUACGAGUGUGAGUUCUGUGGCAGCUGCUUCCGGGAUGAGAGCACACUCAAAAGCCACAAGCGCAUCCACACGGGCGAGAAGCCCUAUGAGUGCAACGGCUGCGGCAAGAAGUUCAGCCUCAAGCACCAGCUGGAGACGCACUACAGGGUGCACACAGGUGAGAAGCCCUUCGAGUGCAAGCUGUGCCACCAGCGCUCCCGGGACUACUCGGCCAUGAUCAAGCACCUGCGGACGCACAACGGCGCCUCCCCCUACCAGUGCACCAUCUGCACCGAGUACUGCCCCAGCCUGUCCUCCAUGCAGAAGCACAUGAAGGGCCACAAGCCCGAGGAGAUCCCGCCCGACUGGAGGAUAGAGAAGACGUACCUGUACCUGUGCUACGUGUGAAGCCGGCCGGGUGGGGCCAGAGGAGCGGGAGCGAGAGGAGGAGUUAGAGCAGGAUGGAGUCGAGGAAGGAUUGUGCAAAAAAUACAUGUCUGUACAUAAGGGAAAAAAGGAAGAAAACGGAAACCUGGUAGCUCUCUGGCCUUGAGUCUCUCUGGGGCUCCAGGUGACCAGGAUGCCCCGCCCCGCCCCUGCCCAGGCCUCCGUCCCGCCUCCCCUGGCUGGAUUUCUGGGGUGGGGGUGGAAGGGGUUUUGUUCUGCUCAGACCCUCUUUUAUGUCCAGAAAUGGAGUCUGAGAAGAAGGCGAGGGGUGUUCUGGUCAGAGCCAGUCUCUGCCUGCCAUCCUCAGCCUCCUCAGAAGAUAGAGGCUCCGGGGGCCACGGGGGUGCCCUGCAGAUGGUGGGGCUGGACGCGUCGCUGGCUGACACUCAGAGUGGCAGCUGGUGUGCUGGGGGCAGAUGGGCGUGGGGAAGGGCGCCUCUUCCCCUCCCGUCACUCAUUUCACCUGUUGCUUCCCUCCGCGCUGCCGGUCUGCAUGUCCCUCGUGUCUCCAGGAGCUCAAGGCUCUUGCCCCUCCCCCAGCUCCUGGUCCCCGCCUCCCCCUGCCUCCUGUCCUCCAGUUCAGGGAGUGUCCAGCCCACCCCUCCCAGCUCCUCAGUGGGGAAUCUGUGUCCGACCCCAGAGCCCCACUCCCACCCUUAGCCUCUGAGAACACAAAGCCAAUGGAAGACCCACCCUCAGAAAGCCCUGUCCUGAAUGAGACUUGCUUCCCAGUUGGAAAAACAGUUAAAUACAUAGAAAUACAUGGGUCCCACCAACACCGGACAAGGCUCCCUGCCACCCCGGGUCCCGUCCCUGCGAGAAGGAGUCCGUGAAAGGGCUGCUGUCCACGGGGAGGAUGUGGACGUCCCACUCCAGCGGUGCCCUCCACCGGAGAAGGGGCACCUGCCAGCAGUCGGGGUACUGGCCAAGGGGGUGCUGUUGAGUCAUUCUGGGGACCUUUUAAACACCCCAGACCCGGUGAGCGCAGUGGGAAACCCAGGUCCAGAGAAGGCACAGAAUUCCUGCUCAUGCCCCCCCCCCGCCCCCUCCGCCCCCCAGGCCACAGGAAGAGGGGGAGUUGUUGAAAGCGCUUCGGCCUUGUGUUACUUCUGUUGUGUGUCCGGGUUCCCCUGUAGCACGUUGUGCUUGAAUUACCUCAGUUUUUCGUGACCUCGUGAGCUUUUGUACCCCUGCAUCUCUCUUUGGUUGGGGGUUGGAAGAAUGGGGAGGGAGUUCUUUUGUGUGUUCUUGUGUAAAUUAAUAGUUGGUUUAGUACCUACCUGUUAGCUGGCCAAGGCCCCCCCAUCCCUGAGCGACCAGCUUCCCAGCGGGAAGGAGCUGCACAGAAGGAUCGAGUCCUGGGAACCUGAAUGUGGGGGCUGGGUCCCCGGAAGGUGGGCGGAGGGGGAGGUGUACUGGGGGCCUUUGGAGUCACUGUGUUGGCUCUGCCCAGAGCAUGAACUCAUCAUGCCCAGCAUCGGUUCAGCCCAAAACGCUCUGGACACGACCCCCCCUUUCUUAUAGUUUGCUGGGUCUGGGGGCUUGGGCUAUUCAGAUCCUUGCGUCUGUGCGACCCCACCUCUGCGCGCGACCCCCACCUCUGCGCACAUGAUCAUUGCCAAAAUCGGGCUGCUUCCCGGCUGCGGCUGCGAGGGAUGCGCCAGUCGGGGUUCUGUUGCCCGGGGUGGGGUGUUGUUUUCUGAAAGCUACCUCUUAGGUUCGUCCGGUUCCUUUGUCCCCUCCUGCCAGCCUGCGGCGCUGCUGCCCGCUCUCCCCAGCCUCCGCCCCAGCUUAGGAAAGCACAUUGGCCAUGUUUGUGUUCACGGUGGGAUGGGCCCUCGGUUUCGUCUCAUGCUUUAUUUGUGGAAGUUAUUUUCUUUCCUUUCUCUCUCGGAGAAAGUUGUGGCUGCGUUUUUAUCUUAGGUUUAAAAAAAGUGGUUUAGGGGAGCGGUUUUGGGGAGAAGCAUCGUGAGGAGAAGAGGGCCGUGGGAGGGAUGGGUGCUGCUGGGACCGCCCCCCGUCUCUUGGCCCCACCCCUCCAGUCUCGCCCACCCAAUCUGAAGGCCUUAAAAACUGCGUUGUGGGUAUAGCAUUGGGGGGACCGUGUUGCUGGACGAUGGAUUGGGGUGAUAAGUGGGGAGGGUGCUACUUUGCAAUUAUAAUAACGAGUUAGUGCUCGGGAAAGGAAAAAGCUAAACUUGAAAUCCGUGACUAGAGCAGUUUUAUUUAUAAUGUGAAGAGGGAACUCUUUGGGGAGGAGCAGUCUGCAGGAAUUCGUUGUGCACUAUGGCUUCCUCCCCCCGUCUGGAAGGAAGGGGCGCUGGCGGGCCCCGGGGUCUGUAAGUCCCAGGAGACAGUGUGUUAACAGCAAGAUGUCAUCGAGCUUUGGUGGGGAAGAGAACGAAAUCAAACUGUUCCGUGGACCUGGCUGGCACCCACACUGGCCCCACCGCCCUGCAGCCAGGGUCUCCUCCCCUUUGCCUGAAAGCUGAGAGGGCGGAGCUAAUCGUAGAAAUUGUAAUAUUUUUGUAAUGUUGGUUAGUUCCUUCGUCAGUUCUGCAGGACCUUGCCCUUCCUUUUGUAGUGUGCAUAGGAAAAGAAAAAGACAAAAAAAACUACCACCACCACCACCAAAAUGUCCCUCUGUGUGUGUGUGUGUGUGCGCGUGUGCACGUGUGCGUGUGCAUGUGUGCGUGUGCAUGUGAGCGUGUGCGUGUGCACGUGCUGCUUGUGUGCGGCGUGUGAGGUCAGGCAGCGUGGCGUCUGCUGGGCAGCACUGGAUGGUACUGAAGCUCGGGCCCCAGGGAGCCCCAGUAGGGAGGCAGGAAGGGGGGUCCAGACUGCGGUUUCUGAAGGGCGCUGGGUGGGAGACCUGUGUCUUGCUUUCUUCCUUUCCGGCUUCCUGCUCACGAAGGUGAGAAUUCUGAUCUUGCCAGGGCCGUCGUGGCCAGGCCUAAGGGCAAGGUGAGGGCCAGGGAUUAGCUGGAGGUGUUGCUGUGUCUGGAUAGACGGGGCUUGGAGACUAGGGGGGUGGGGGAGGCUGCUCCCCCCCAGGGUGAGGUCUGAGUGGCUUUACUCCCCUUUCUCUCCGACAUCUGGCCCUUGGCCACCUGCUGCCUUUGGCUGUGGACGGCGGACAGCCCUGCUCGCUCUGCCUUGUCCAGUGACACUGCCCCUGACUCGUGCCCCUCCCCUGCCACUCCUUCACUCACUCAAAGCAUUAAAAUCCUAUGUGUGUAGGAUAGACAGAUAUAUAUAGAGAGAUAUAUAGCAAGAGAGAUAUAAAUAGUAAAUAUCGUUGCUGCUCUGGAGGAGGCCACGGAUGUGAGGAAGGUGGGUCUGGGGUGCAGGGUGGGUAGGGGGGCUGGGGGACCCAGUGAUUCAGUACAAUCCAGGGAUGCAAUGUGGGCUUGUUUAAUAUUUGUGCCUGAACAGUUCUCCAUGUUUAGAAAAAGGAAAAAAAAAAAAGGAAAAAACCUGCUGCAAUUUUCCGCAAGGUGUGUGGUGCCCUUGGGGGUGCUGCUGGCUGGGGGUGGAGGCCCCGGAGGGAGAGGGCCUUCGGGCUCCCUCCGUCCAGGGAGUGAGCAGCAGGGGGCGGGUCUGUGGCCGGGUCCCUGCCAGCCCAGCAGGAGUGAGAGCGCGGGGUGUCGGACAGAAGCAGGAAAAGAUGAAGCCGUCUGUUCAUUUUCCUAGGCCUGUGGCGCGUUCUCCCCUCCCGCCUCGCUUCCUCCUCUGGGGGGCUUCCUGGCAGCACCUGCCUGGGUAUUUCAGCAGGAAGUAAACGGCCAGGCGAACCCUUCGUGGAAACUGAUGGGUGCGGGGCGGGGGGCGGGGGGGGGGGCGGGGGGAGCCAGAGCCAGCCAGGAGGGGCCAGGAGACAGGCUGGGGAGAGGGGCGCAGGCCCCACCGGCCUGUUGGCCAGCCGCCCUGCUCCCCGCGUCCCGGGUGCCCGCUCUGCAGAUGGGGUACCCGCCCCCUGGCGUGUGUCCUGGAACUCGUUCACGCGGUGUCACGCAUGACCUUUGUCAGGUGGCGGUGCCGUGGCGGGCGCCGUGGCGGGCGCCGUGGCCGCCGACCCAUCUAUAUAAAGAUGAAUAUAUAGAGAUAUAUAUAUGUAUGUAAGUUAAGCACUGGGGCCCCGGCCCUGCUGGACCAAGCAAAGCCCAGCCUCCGGCUCGGGCGUGUUCUGUUGCGUUCCGUUGUUUGUUUUCGUGGCUUGUCUUUUGUCAAGUGCCAGUCCGAUCGCUCUGUGUUACAGAUAGUGUUUUAAUUCAUGGCUGUUCUAGUUCAUGUCUACCUCAGCACCUCCUCUUAGCCUAAUUUUAGGAGGUUGCCCAAUUUUGUUUCUUCAAUUAUACUGGUUACUUUUUUGUACAAAUCUCUCUCUCCCUCUCCUCCUCUCUCCCUUCCGAUGCUCCGUCCCUCGUCCCUCCCCUUUCAUCUCUGUUGGUUUGUUCCACUGGCCCCCACCCCAUCCCCUGCCCCUGCCCCUGCCCCAGCCUGGGGACCCCAGGUGUGCUUGCCAGCCCCACCUGCCCCUGCCCCUGCCCCGAAGCCGUCCCCUCCAAGCUGUGCGGUCCUGGGUGAGCUCUGCGCUGCGCCUCUGCCUUCGUUUCGUGUAGAUGGAUGCGUUUCUCUGUAAUUCCAGUGUUCUGAUGACAUUUAAAAGAAAAAACAAUGAAUUUCCUGCUGCAGGUCUUCUCUCCAUGUGUCACUAAGUGAAGUUGUGCCUUCUAUAGCAAAGAGAAUAUUUUUUACAUCCUACUAACAGUAGAUUUUUUUGUAGUGAACAUUUUUUUGUAUUUUUAUUUAUAAGUCUCAUAAGAAAAAUAGCAAUGUUCAGCUGUAUACCUUGAAUCUGCAGUUAGAAGAGAAUAAAGUUAACUCAGUUGUC